ACCAAACAAAGAACAGGAGCGACCCACUAAAAUCUCGAAUUCAUACACCAAGCGUCAUCCCCAACCGCGUACCAAAGCUGAGCUUCCUGCUUCCAUUCUCCAUCAAUCCGUUCUCUUUCACGCUCUCGAUCUCACGCGCAUCAAUAUCGUCAUUGAACCACUGUCCGCAAUCUAGAUCGCAUUUCCAUUUCGAAUCCACUAAACGCUCUUUCAAAUCCUCUUUCGUUUCACAUCAUGGCUGAAUACUCCACGCUUAAGGUGCCUGAGCUCAAAAAGCUGUUGGCGGAAAAGAGCCUUCCUCAGACUGGAAACAAGGCCGAUCUUAUCGCCAGACUCCAGGAGAACGACAAGCAGUCCGAGACAGAGGCGAAGCCUGCCGAGAACAAAGAAGACGAGAUCAGCUACAGUGAUGAUGAGGCUCCCGCCGCACCUGCUGCUGCCGCCCCAGUUACUUCGGCACCCGUUGCCGAUGCCCCUGCUGCCGAGGCCGCUCCUGCCGAACCCACGAAUGCUGAGGAGCCUGCUGCGGUAGAAGCACCUGCAGAGACAGCAGAGGCGCCUGCUGAGCCUGAAAAGUCUUACGCCAUGGGAUUAUCAUCCACUGCUGCCGAUGAUGAGGCCAAGAAGCGUGCUGAACGUGCUAAGCGAUUUGGCAUUGAAGAGGACGAAGACGCGAUCAAGCGCGCUGAUCGUGCGAAGAGAUUCGGUCUCGAUGAGAAGGAGUUGGCUACUACCCUGGACUCUGCUCUUCCUGAGCGCUCCCGAAAGCGAGGCCGAGACCGCAACACCGAGACUGAAGGGAACCGACCGGAAAAGCGACAGAGCAUGGACAGACGAAAUGGUCCUGGCGGUCGACAACGUAGAGGCCGUGGUGGUCGCGACAACGGUCGCGAUCGCGGUGCUCGAAAGGAGGGCACUCAAAAGGAGGGUGCCGCAACCCGAAGUGGUAUCCUUGAUGACCCAACUGAGAAAGCCAAGGCGGAGAAACGCGCAGCCAGGUUCGCUGGGAACUGAUCAAUUGGACAACACCGGUGCCGAAGCAAGGCAGAACCGACUUAUGAAGCUUCUAGUUGCACAACAAUUUUGCUUUUCUUUUCCAAGCGCAGAUUAUCAAGGAUACUAAAUGAAUAAAGAGGAAAUCGGCGUUUUUGGUCCG